UCAGCAAUGAAUCCAGAAGAGCGAAUCGUGACAUGGCUUAUAUCUUUGGGAGUUUUAAAUUCACCCAAAAAGACCAUCUCUGAUCCAGAGGAGUUCUUGAAGUGUUCUCUGAAAAAUGGGGUGGUACUGUGCAAACUGAUCAACAGACUGGUUCCUGGAUCUGUGGAAAAGUAUUGCCAGGAGCCCAAAACGGAAGCAGACUGCACCGGCAAUAUUAAGGAAUUUCUGAAAGGAUGUGCAUCACUUCAGAUAGAGGUUUUUGAUGCUAAUGACCUUUAUUCCGGAGUCAAUUUCUCCAAGGUGCUGAGUACGCUUUUAGCUGUCAACAAAGCCACAGAAGAUAAACCUUCUGAAAAGCCAUGCCGUCGUUCAUCUUCCCUUAGUGCGCCCAGCUCCCAGACGAACCUAAAGAGAGUGAGUUCUAAUACAGGACCAGUGCUGCGGAGACAGUCAAAGGCAGUGGAGAUGACUGAGAAUGGCAGUCACCAAUUAGUGGUCAAGGCAAGAUUCAACUUUAAACAGACCAACGAAGAUGAACUGUCAGUCUGUAAAGGGGAUAUCAUUUAUGUCACUCGAGUUGAAGAAGGAGGCUGGUGGGAAGGCACAUUAAAUGGAAAGACAGGCUGGUUUCCUAGUAACUAUGUCCGGGAAAUUAAAUCCACUGAAAAACCUCUUUCUCCCAAGACGUUAAAAGGAGGAGAAACUCUUCAGCUUACAAAGAAUUAUUAUACUGUGGUAUUGCAGAGCAUCCUGGAAACAGAACGAGAUUAUGCUAAGGAACUCCAGUCGCUUCUUGGGACAUACUUAAGACCCCUACAGUCCAACGACAAGUUAAAUCCCGUGGAGUUUGCAUCUUUACUGGGCAACUUUGAGGAAAUAGGCACUUUUCAGCAAACACUGUGUCAGACCUUAGAAGAAUGUGCCAAAGUUCCAGAGAAUCAGCAGAAAGUAGGAGGAUGUUUGAUGAACUUAAUGCCCCAGUUUAAAAGUCUGUAUCUGACUUACUGCGCUAAUCAUCCUUCGGCUGUCAAUGUUCUCACACAACACAGUGAUGAUCUGGAAAAAUUUAUGGAGACUCAAGGGGCAGCCAAUCCAGGGAUUCUGAUUUUAACUACAAGUCUCAGCAAGCCAUUCAUGCGACUAGAAAAAUACGUUACGCUCCUCCAAGAACUGGAACGACAUAUGGAGGAGGCUCAUCCAGACCACCAAGAUGUUCUGAAAGCUGUUACAUCAUUCAAGGCUCUCGUGGCACAGUGUCAGGAGCUGAGAAAGAGGAAACAACUGGAGUUGCAGAUCCUUUCUGAAUCUAUUCAGGGAUGGGAAGGAGAAGAUAUAAAAACGAUGGGAAAUGUAAUCUUUAUGUCACAAGUAAUGGUGCAGUGUGGAGCCAGUGAGGAGAAAGAAGAGAGGUAUUUUCUGUUAUUUUCAAACGUUUUGCUAAUGUUGUCUGCAAGUCCUCGGAUGAGCGGCUUUAUCUACCAGGGAAAACUGCCGGUAUCAGGAAUGACAUUGACACGGUUGGAUGAAAACGAAGGGAAUGACUAUACUUUCGAAAUCACAGGUACCAUGAUAGAUAGAAUCAUCGUGUCAUGCAACAACGGCCAGGAUUUGCAGGAAUGGACUGAUCAUUUGCACAGACUGACCAGAGGCCCCGGCCCAGGCCCCACAUUAACCAAAGCGCAGUCGUGGAGUGCUCAUUCAUCUUUUAGCUAUGCCGGACAGACUCGAGGACCACUGGAGCCUCCUCAGAUUCUAAAGCCCUGGAGCUUAAGUUGUCUCAGACCUGCACCUCCUCUUAGACCUUCAGCGGCCCUAGGUUACAAAGAGAGGAUGUCUUAUAUCUUAAAGGAUUCCAGUAAGAGCCCCAAAACAAUGAAGAAGUUUCUACAUAAAAGGAAAACAGAGAGAAAAGCAUCAUCAGAAGACGAAUUUGCUAUUAGAAAAAGUACUGCAGCACUGGAGGAAGAUGCUCAAAUUCUUAAAGUGAUCGAGGCUUAUUGCACAGGCUCUCGAAAAGAUUCCAUCCCACAAGUCUUACUUCCCGAGGAGGAGAAGAUAAUCGUAGAAGAAACAAGAAGCAAUGGGCAGACCAUUACGGAAGAAAAAAGCCUUGUAGACACUGUUUAUGCACUGAAAGAUGAGGUCAAAGAAUUAAAGCAGGAGAAUAAACGGAUGAAGCAGUGCCUGGAAGAGGAACUGAAGUCAAGGAAAGACUUGGAAAAAUUAGUCCGAAGGCUACUGAAGCAGACCGAUGAAUGUGUCAGGGAUGAAUCCAGUCGCAGGUCUUCCAUUCUUGCUUGAGUUUUCAGCUCUGCUUCUGCAAGUUGGGGGUGACUUCAGGUAUUUUGUGGGGGGGAAGCAGAAGUGGAUGCAUUACCCCAUCCUGCUCCUCAUCUCGUUCUUCUGUUUGUGUGUUUGGUUUGGGUUUUGGGUUAGAGCAAGAACAAAGAAAAGGAGCUGGUAGUGGAAAGAGCUUCACAAUCUUUUCCGUUCUCUAAGGAAAUGGUACAAAAUGCAAAUAGGUUUCAAUUUAAAUGCUCAGUAAGUGGUCUGUGAUUCAUAAUUCAUCUGCGGCAACUAAUACCUCAUCAUAUCUGCUGUUGGGAUUUUGAUCCUAAUCUCUAUUAACAGCAGCUAUUCUCAGAGAGGUUGUCAGCAAUUUCUUCAUUGGGAAAUUUGAGCACUUUCGAAACUGAAGCCCUCUGGAUCUCACUUUAUUGAAUGGGAAGGUUUCUGAAUUGGAAAUGGUCGAACCCAACCUAAGAACACUCCUCUGACAAUCCCAAAAGGCCGAAGGUUUGUUCCAUGUUAUCAUUUCUCUCUGUAAUUAUCUACAGAGAAACUGAACCACAUCAUACAGUGGUUCCAAGAGGGAAGUGUUAUCAGUGGACAUGCUCCAUGUCAUUCCCAGGAACCACGGGAUUGGGAAUUAUUUAUGUUAACAUCAAACUCGGGCGUACUGGAAAAUCAUCCCCCCAACAGAGCAAGCAAUCUGUUACUAUUACAUGUCAGCAAUGCUGUGUUAUUUUCCCAAUUUUCCAAAUACCUGUGUAUUAUGUAUGUUCUUAUUUUUCCAGGACUUACAGAACAGUAUACAGACCUUGUCUGAGUUUGCUUUCCUUACUUUUAUCAUGUAGACAGAGAACAUCCUCAUCGCAAAUUAAAACUGCCACCCCUCAUAGUCCCUCAAAACUGCAUUUAAAGAAGUAGCGGUUAUAGGGGAAAACCUGAAUUCCACUCAUCCCAUAUUUGUUAUGGCAAGAGCCGAAACAUCCUUUCUUUCUUUGAGUAGGCCUUUGGAAAUUAUCAGCAGGUAUCAACGAUUUCUGUCUUUCGGACGUGAGGAGAGUUUGUGCAAAUGAUAAUUUACUAUUUGCUGAACUAUUUCUGUCUUUCGGACAGCUAGGGACGGGAGGAGAGUUUGUGCAAGUGAUUAUUUACUAUUUGCUGACAAUCUUCGUAACUGGAGCAGGAUUUGUCAGCUCCGCUCCUUUCUAUAUAUUAACUUGACAAAGAUUCCCAGAGAUAAGGACUGCCGUAACUCGGUAUAAGUCAACGCAGCCAAAUCCUCACUUCCAACCACAUAUGUCCUUCACAGAGGAAGCAUCCGCGUGCAAUCUAGGGUGAAUCAGAGAGAGACAGGUCUGUUUUCAGGAGAACAAUGCGCAUGAGCUGGAGUAAGCCUUCCCCUUGGUGCGGUUUUUAGGAUGUGCCUGUAUGCGUUGAUGUAAAUGCUUUAAAAAUCCAAGUACAUCCAAGCUUUGAAGCUUUCAAAAUCUGAAUUUUUAGCUCUGCCGCUAAAGCUUGCCAUUCUCUAUGUGGUUUCCAUGGUAUCCAGUCCCAGCUGCUGCCUGGUAGAUGGCUUUUGAGUACUCGCUGCCCUCCAAAGCGAGGACUGUCCAGACGGAUCAGUCGAAGCAGCCGUGGGAAUACCGGAUUUCCUAGAGACCUGCAGAAAUGUGUCCCUCCGCCCCUCCUGGAAUUAAGAAAUGAGGCUCACAGUUAGUGGCUACUCCAAUAGCAGCGUCAAGAGAGACAGUUUUGAUAUCCCAGCCGACGUCUAACGAAAGCACCAACUCUCCCGAUCUCUCUUCCCCUGAAUCAGAAGCCGUAAUAAAUUAGGGAGGUAGAAAUAUAUGCGUAAAAUGUUCAAAAUAUUAUUUUCCGAUGAUGAAAUGUACAUAUGCAUGUUGAUAGGACUUUUAAUAUGUUGGCAGAGGUGUUGGUAUUUUUUUAACAUCACACGUUCUGAUGUUUUAAACCAAAAAAUAAUAUCAAGGAAAAGAAGCCAUGUUGAAAUGCUAAGCAGUGUUUCCAUAUUUGUGUUUACAGUACCUUGUAAAUAGGUUCCUGUUUCUCUGAAUUUAGAUGAGUGCCCCGUUGAAGGUUUUUCGGUUCAUCUUUCGUCACGUAGGUUUAUUUACCGUCACUUCUUACGCAAGCUCGACUUUUCUAACAUGUUUUUAUUUUGAACGGUUUUUUAAUUGACACUUUCAACAAAUAAAGAAGUGGGAAAAUGCUUUCUA